AGGUUAUACCGCGAAUUUGUUCGUUUUUUCCUUUUGUUAUUGUUAUUAUUCAUUAUUAUCGAAAAUAUCGAAUAUUCCACUACGGUAUAGAUAUUAGAUAUAUAUCGUCCGUUUGUCAUUUGUCAAUCCCACAUUCAUUAAUCGUUAUCGGAUAAUAGUGUUUUAUUUAUUUUUGUGUUGUGUGUAACUGUUAAUAGUGUUGGAACUCAAACAAAAUACUGAGCCAAUUUCAAAUUACCAAUACUUCAAUUUGGAUGGUCGUUUAUAUUUUAUAAUCGGAUGUGAAUAAACGAUGCUGUUGUUGAAUAUUAUUCACAGGAAUAAAGACGAAUGUUUCCUAUUAAUUCUGGCGCUUUUACUUUAUUACGUGAUGAUAUUCUUAGAAGAAACUGAGAAACUUCGUUGAGAAGAAUUCCUACAUUUAUUAUUCAAAGAUGUUUGUUGAAGAUCUAGUUAAAGGAUUUUAUGACAUAAUUUCAAAAAAUAAAAUUUUAAUUUUGGUUAACUACGAUGUGGAUGCAAUUUGUGCUGUAAAAAUACUUCAGUGUAUAUUACGUUUUGACAAUAUAGUUUAUGUACUUGUUCCAGUCAAAACUAUAACAGAGUUAAAAAAAGCUUUUGAAGAGCAAAAAGUUGAUGUGAAAUAUGUCGUAUUAAUCAAUUGUGGUGGUACAUUAGAUAUAAUAGAAAUAUUAGAACCAGAGGAAGACAUUACUUUUUUUGUUGUUGAUAGUCAUAGACCUACAGAUAUAUGCAACAUUUAUAGUAGUUCUCAGGUUAGAAUACUUACUCCUCCUGAUGAUGAAGAAAAAAUUCCUGAUUUUGAAGAUAUUUUUAAUGAAAAUGAAUCAUCAGGCGAAGAUGUCGAUUCCGAUGAACUGGAUGAAGAAGAGGCAGAUAUUGCCAAUAUCGAUAGCGUUGAAGAACAACAAAACAAAAGAAGAAAACUUGAUCAAAGCACAUUAAUUAAAAGAAGGGAAAGAAGAAGAUGGGAAGAAAAUAGAAAAAAAUUGUUAUUUGAUUAUACUCAAUUUUCAUAUUAUGGGCGUUCGGCUGCAAUGUUAAUGUUUGAUCUUGCUUGGAAAUUACAUAGAGAAUCUGUUGAUUUAUUAUGGUGGGGAAUUGUUGGUGUUACUGAACAAUAUAUUUUAGGCAAGACAGAACGUAUGCGAUAUCUUAAAGAAGUAGAAUUAAUAGCUGGUCACAUUGGUCGUAUUUGUGAUUCUACCGUUAUUAAUGAUGAUGAAGAUAGUAUGUCACAGUCAUCAAUGCUUAAACCCUCAAACACUUCUACACAUCUUCGAAUUGAAUCAGAAAAAGAUCUACUGUUGGCUCUAUACAGACAUUGGACAAUUGAAUGUAGUCUUCGAUAUUCCAUGUUUACUGCAGUAUCUUUGAAACUUUGGACAAUCAAAGGCGAAAAAAGACUGAAACAAAUAUUAGCAGAAAUGGGGUUACCUCUAUCUGAAAGUCGUCAAAUGUAUCAUUCAAUGGAUUUAGGUUUACGUAAACAAUUUUACGGUAUGAUGGAAAAAAUUUCCAAUACCCAUAAUUUAUUACAAAUGACUUAUCCUUCGUUUAUGCUACAUCAAGGAUUUAAAACGAGGUAUCAGUGUGCUGACUAUGUUUAUUCAAUGGUUGCUACAUUAGAAACCAAUUCUCGCGAAAAUUCUCCUACACAGUGUUUUUAUAACACAAUGGAUUCAUUGUCCAGAUCAAAAAAAGAUUUUUUAGAUCAAGGAAUAGAAAAGGCCAAGUGGAUAUUGUCCAAUAUGUUUAGGCAUGUUCAGGCAGCAUUAGAUAUGAGACAAGUCAUAUUGGCUGGACCAUUUUACUAUUUAAUUGUUCAAGAGGGUACAUUGCAUUCUCAGCACUAUUCCAAUCCUCACUGUUUAAUUAUGUUAGCAUCAUUUGCAUUAAGAGCUCAAGUAGCAUCAUCAAGAAAAAUCAAAGCUACUCGUUUACCAUUAAUUGCUUCAGCAACUCUUGAUUCUGAUCAAGAUACAUGUUUAAUAGUUGGUAUCCCUCCUAUUACUGAGUCCAUGCCUAGAAGUUUUUUUGGAAAAGCGUUCGAACAAGUUUCCAACAAAACAAACAUUGAAGUUUCAUUGGAUUACUUUGAUUCGUCUAUUGCAAAAAUGCAAACUAAAGAUCGACCAAAGUUUUUUGAUGCACUGACAGCGUUACUUAGUUGACAAGUAAUGUCUAUUGUAUUAUAAAGUAUUAAUUGUUUAAAUUUGAUAUAAUGUAAAUUAGUAAAAUAUGUUUUUUAAUUAUAAU